UUAAUUUAACCUCUUGUACUUUUUUAAAUAGAGCUUAAUUCGUUAUCUCCAAACGUACAAGUUUCGUGCUAUUGAGUGAUCUUGUGCUUGUGCGUUGAUGUCUUUGUCCGUGUAACAUGCCGAUAUUAUCGCGAUCCAGUUGGUCCAUUGAAUUUCCAAAUACACACUACGAAAACAUACUGAAAAAGAGAAAAAGCAAUGCCUCAAAUUCCUCCCUCAAAGGUACAAAAAGGGUGAUUAAGCUUUUCAUUUUAUGCGCUUUGUUGCCCGGAUUUUUUCUCACCGUUCCGUUAUAUUUAAGAUUUAAAGUAUACAUUCAGCAAUUUUAUCCGGUUGGAGUAUCCGAUAUGAGAAUCGUCGAUAAUAAAAUUUCAACCACGUGGUGUCAGAGCCAAUUAAUUCAAGCUAAUACGACAUUCAACGCAUAUGUUGUUUCAAAAGAACCUGAAAUAAGCGACGAAAUUGAAAAAAUUAACAUGAGGAGGUACCUGGUUUUAAAAGAUGGAUCGAAAGAAUAUUGGGGAUUUUAUUUGCUGAAAGGAUCAACUUUUGAGGUCUCGUCUUGCGUCAGAUGGCCUGGAGCAAGUCUUAUCAUCAUCGAAGGUCACAAGAAUCUUAAAGAAUGCGCGUACGUUGGUGAUAAUUCAUCGGAAGAAACCGAUUUCUCUAUAUCGUCGGAAGAAGAUAAAAACGUCACCGUUAUAAACCACAUGACCAAGGUGGCUUCGGGUAUGAUACUAAACAAUUGGAAAAUCAUCGCGGCCAACAGGAAAAAUACAACCAGUCCGACUUCCGCGGACACCAAAUCCCCACCAAAAACCAAUUUCAAACGGCAAAAUGUACAUUUGAAAUACGCCGAAGAAUUAUAUUUGAACGAGAAUCGCAAAAAGUUAGACUUACAGAAACUAAAUCCACCAACAGUAAAAAACACCACCUCGAAGACUCCUUCGUAUUCGGACGAGCUUUUGAACGAUAUCGUUAAAAGGCUGGAAUUAUUAGGCACUCCCGGGAAACAAGUAGUGCGAAAUUUACAGGAAAAUAUCGAUAAAGAGUUAGCUGCCAAAGAUGUGGCCGACGAAGAUGACAACAAUAAAUCAAACAGCACCGAAAUCAAACAACAAAUUUCUGAGAAGAAAAAAAACGAGAUUUUAGCUCAGAUUUUGGAGCAGGUCGAUAAAUUGGUGAAAGAUUCGAUCGAUAAAGGAAGUCGCCCGAAUAACACCGAGAAGAAGAAUUCGUCGACGAGUGCUUUUGAAGAACGAGAAUUCAGGAAAAUUCACAAAGAAAUCAUGAUAAACAGAAUUAAGCAGUUGAAUUUAGAGAAAAACAACGAUACCGACACCGCUGCCGAGGUUUUAGACGAUGAAGACAAAGCAGAUAUCCACGGAUCGGUGAAAAAUUCGAAAAAUGGAGACAGAAGCAAAAGCGAAUUUUGGUCGUCGUUUUCAAGCAGCGAAGAAAGACUGCUGGAAUGUAAAGGAUUGCUGGCUAGUUUACCUUUAAUUCCUUAUCACACUUGUGAACAAAAAUAUGGCGAUGCUCAUCUGGACGAAGAAUCGAAAGUUAACGCAGUUUCGUAUACAGUCCAAACGACAGGAUAUUACUUCUUCAUAUUCAAUAACGAAAACGAAGUCAAGAAUAAUUUCAUCCACGCUCAUUUUUCAAUCAACAAAACCAUCUACAAUACAUCGGCAGCAGUCGCAUCUUGCAAAAAUGAAAGUAAAAAGUGCUCAUUACCGUUGACAUUCUGGUCGCAAGAGAGAACAAUCAUCGAAUUACCGAAACCAUCCGAAGAUGCAUUGUGGAACGAAGAAUUCAUAUUUGUUUCAAAAUGUGAGCCAAGAUCUACGUUGUAUUUAUUAUGCUUUUUGUCGGUGCCAUUGUGUUUAUUAUUAUUCGCGUUUACCUAGUGAUGAAAUUUGAGCUGUGAGCUAUGCUAUAUUAUUUUAUUUGUACGUAGGUACAUUUCGAGCUGUGAAUUUACUUUUUAUCGCUUACAAAGUAUAUCAUAAGUAUUUAUAUGUAGGUAUUACUUCAAUGACGCAAUGAGCGUGAGAAAUAUGAGAGCAUUUUUCUACUCAAUAAGUAUAGGUGUAUUGGAGAAAAAUCAAGGAAAUCUAAAAGGGAGAAAAUAUUCAACUGACAAGUAAACGUCGUCGUUGAUUUGACGGAAUUUCUGAAUUAAUUUUUACCGCAGUUUUAAUUCUUUCUCAUUUCUAGAAAUAUGUUUUGUUUCCUUUUUAACCCACCUCUAAAUUGUCUCAAUAGGUAGACUUUUUAUUAUUUUAUUUAGUUUAUCCGCUGUAUGAUACGAAUAUACCAACCUACCCUACCUAUCAAUUUGAUAAAUUGCUCGAGACAAAAUAUAAGAUAGGUAGCUAGAGCUACAUUAAACACAUUGUUAUCAAUAGCGCGAUAAUUGAGUGUAUAACAGUCAUAAGGUCUGACCUCAUAUCAUUUUCAAUAUAAUAACAUUCCUGUUCAUCUUACGUAAAUUGCGUAAAAAGUGAUAGGAUAUGUGUUUUUAUAAGAUACAUUAUCAUUACUCUUUAUGGUGAUUAUACAAAUAUGAGUGAUAUUUUAUCGAAUUAACUCACUAAUCUAUUUUAAUUGUGUGCAUACCCAUAGCCUUCAACUUGUGAAAUCGAAGAAAAAUUCUUAGCUAGGUAUAAGUUUACCAUUAGAAUUUAUUAAUGGGUAACCACAUAUGUAGGUAAUUUAAGCAAAAAUGCAUAAAUUGCAUUAAUGUAAUUCUGGUACUAGAUGUAUUCACGAUUUACGUAGGUACCUACCUUAUAUUAUUUAUAAUUAAGUAUUUGUAAUAAGAUUGAUCUCGAAAUUGCUGUUUUGUUUGGGAAAAGAGUUGUAGUUAAUGACGUUUCUAUAAUAAUUUCAGUACGUAUGUGUUGAAAAAAAUUGGGUCCGAUUGUACAUAUUUCGUUGUGUGAACACAUUCCUAAAUCUUACUUGCAUUAUCAAAUCUACACGAUAUAAUUACACUUAUCAUCUGUUAUCUGAAUCCUUAGGUAUAAAUCGCAGAGAAUUACAAUUCGUAAAAUUAGCUGUAAUAAUGGAUUGUUUGUGCAAUUAUUAUUAGCCUAUGUUUGUCAUUCGAGAGUGAAUUUUUAUUUUCAUACAUUUUGAAAGUAGUUAUUUGAGUUGAGAAAUUCGAAAUUCACCCUCACCCCCCACCCCCCCUCAAAUACGAGUAAACAUUGACGAAUUUGAUUUUUUUUUUUAGAACGUCAGAAACAUACCCAAAUUUUUGUGAUUUCCUGGUUGUUUUUUUUUUGUUUGCCAAAUUCGCAAAUUAAUUAAGUAGGUAUAAGAAAAUUGUGAUGCUAAGCAUGUCCAAGACUGAUAAAUAGGUGUUACUUUAUUUGUUAUUUUUUGUUAUUUUAUCAUUGAAAAAAUGUGUUUAAAAAAUAAAAAUAUUUUUCUACCUCUGUCCUACGUAUGUAUAAGUUGAAAAAGAUGUGAUUGUUUUGAAUUAACAAUACAAAAAUGUGAAAAUAUU